CGUUCACCUGACCAGGCUAUUCUCCAAUGCUUCAAAAGGGCCGCUGCUCGCCCACUGUAAUCCACCACCAACCAGACACAUCAACCGGUCACCGACUCUCAACACCAACACAUUCACAAUGAUUUCUUCCUUCAAGAGCAACAAGCAAUGGCUUUCUUCCCUCAGCACUGAGACCAACAUUGCUCCCAUCAACCGCCGUACCUCCAUCAUUUGCACCAUCGGUCCCAAGACCAACAGCGUCGAGAAGCUCGCUGCUCUCCGUGAUGCUGGUAUGAACGUUGUUCGUAUGAACUUCUCCCACGGUUCUUACGAGUACCACCAAUCUGUCAUUGACAACGCUCGCAAGGCCGCUGCCACCAAGCCCGAGUGGCCCCUUGCCAUUGCCCUUGACACCAAGGGUCCCGAGAUCCGUACUGGUCUCACUGUCGGUGAGCAAGACUACCCCAUCUCUGCUGGCCACGAGAUGAUCUUCACCACUGAUGACGCCUAUGCCACCAAGUGUGACGACAAGAUCAUGUUCGUUGACUACAAGAACAUUGUUAAGGUCAUUGAGGUCGGUAAGACCAUCUACGUCGAUGACGGUAUCCUUUCCUUCACUGUCCUCGAGAAGAUCGAUGACAAGAACUUGAAGGUCCGUGUCAACAACAACGGUAAGAUCUCCUCCAAGAAGGGUGUCAACUUGCCCAAGACUGAUGUCGACUUGCCCGCUCUUUCCGAGAAGGACAAGGCUGAUCUCCGCUUCGGUGUCAAGAACGGUGUCGACAUGAUCUUCGCCUCUUUCAUCCGUCGUGCUGAGGACGUUCUCGCUAUCCGUGAGGUUCUCGGUGAGGAUGGUAAGGACAUCAAGAUCAUCGUCAAGAUUGAGAACCAACAAGGUGUCAACAACUUCGACUCUAUCCUCGAGGUUACUGACGGUGUUAUGGUUGCCCGUGGUGACUUGGGUAUUGAGAUCCCUGCUCCUCAAGUCUUCGUCGCUCAAAAGAUGAUGAUGGCCAAGGCUAACAUUGCCGGCAAGCCCAUCAUCUGUGCCACUCAAAUGCUCGAGUCUAUGACCUACAACCCCCGCCCUACCCGUGCUGAGGUUUCUGAUGUCGGUAACGCUAUCCUUGACGGUGCUGACUGUGUCAUGCUUUCCGGUGAGACUGCCAAGGGUUGCUACCCCAUUGAGGCCGUCACCUACAUGGCCGAGACUGCCCGUGUUGCUGAGAACUCCAUCGCUUACGGUCAACAAUACCAAGAGCUCUUCGCCAUUGCCAAGAAGCCCUUGUGCCCCACUGAGACCACCGCUGCUGCCGCUGUCGCUGCUUCCCUCGAGAACGGUGCCAAGGCCAUCGUUGUCCUCUCCACCACUGGUACCACCCCCCGUCUCGUCUCCAAGUACCGCCCUGCCUGCCCCAUCAUCUUGGUCACCCGCAACGCCCAAAAGGCCCGCCAAGCUCACCUCAACCGUGGUGUCUACCCCUUCGUCUACGAGAAGGCUCCCGUUGCUGCUGAGGGCAGUGAGUGGCAAAAGGAUGUUGACGCUCGUGUUGCCUUCGGUGCUGAGCGCGCUAUCUCUUACGGUCUCCUCAAGAAGGGUGAUGACAUUGUUGUCAUCCAAGGUUGGACCUCUGGUGCUGGCAAGUCUUCCAUGAUCCGCCUCACCAAGGCCUAAGUGACCUCUUCUUGACUUAUGAAUUAAACCGGCUCUAGAGUUGAUACUUGAUUGAUGUUUUUGUCCAGAUUUAUCACUGGCGAUUUGCUAGAAUUAAGUAGUCGGUGAAUAGAAGUUUAUGAUUGAACUAGUUUUUAGGGAA